UCACAACGUUAUAAAUUUUGGAGUGAAGCUGAAACUCGCGCUGUUUUUGAGAAGUACCGACCAACUCACAUCAUUCAUCUUGCUGCUCUGGUUGGAGGACUUUUCAAAAAUAUGAAGUACAGCUGUGACUUCCUACGCCUCAAUCUGCUGAUGAAUGGCAAUGUGCUGGAGAUGAGCAGACUGUAUAACGUGAAGAAAGUAGUGUCUUGCCUGUCUACCUGCAUCUUCCCUGACAAAACUACAUUCCCCCUUGAUGAAACAAUGAUUCAUGAUGGACCUCCACAUUAUUCCAACUAUGGCUACAGCAUGGCCAAACGUAUGAUUGAUGUCAUGAAUCAGUGCUACCAUAGACAGUAUGGCUCUAAGUUUACUGCAGUGAUUCCUGCAAAUUUGUAUGGACCCCAUGACAACUUCAAUCUGGAAGACGGACAUGUUUUGUCUGGGCUGAUAAAUAAGGUAUACACAGCCAAAGAGAAUGGAACAUCUCUGACUGUUUGGGGGACUGGCAAACCUCUGAGGCAGUUUGUGUACACACUGGACCUGGCUAAGCUAAUAAUAUGGACCCUACGAGAAUAUGACGAGAUUAGUCCCAUAAUUCUUACAGGUAAGUUUAUCUGAAGUUAGAAGAAAAAA